AAGAAUACAUAAAACAAGCCCUGGUUUCCGAAACAACGCAUUACAGCCUAAACACAGCUAAGAAAACUUUGCACAGUAUCCGCGACUGCGCUGAGGGUACAAUGCAGUGCUAGCUAUAAAGUGAAUACAUGAAAAGUUAAAAUGGAAACAUUAUUCCUUCUACUUCUGGCAAGCUGCGCGUCUGCAAAGAUGUCCGUAAUGUACACGCACGACCGGCUCAGCGACAUGGUCGUGGAGUCCUGUCUCUCCGAUAUGUUCCCUAAGCCGAAGAAGGUCGAGUUCCAGGAGUCUGACGAGGCGUGCAUCAUCUUCUGUGUGCUUAAGAAGUUCGGGAUUAUGACGCCGAAUGGGCUGUUCAAUCUGGAUGUUUAUAAAAAACGUGUAGAAACAGCGCACCAACUGGUUCAGCUGAACAACAUAGCCGACGUGGGCUCUCGGUGCAUCAAGCUCGCUAAAGAAUCGCCGCACAACCAGGACGUCUGUCGGACCGCGAAGAUCUUUAACGACUGCACGCAUUUAUACAGGAUCAUGUUAUAAUAAUAAAAAAUAACACAUAUGUGA